AUGAUGAGUGUAUACAACAAGCACUCUAGCUUUUUUCAAGUCGGAGAACCUCACCCAGUUCUUCGCACGCGUGAUGAUGAGGACACCUCCGGAUCAGAGGCUCUUUGUAGUCUACUGUUCCAGGCGGUUAGGAGUGCGUCCUACACGCACAGAAGAUAUGCGAACUAUGUUCGUGAAGACGGAGAUCCUCUUACGGGAGGUCUUCGCACGCGUGUCCAUAGGAACGACUCCGGAUCAGUGGCUAGUCUACUGUUCCAUGCGUUUAGGAGUAGGUUCUGCACGCCCAGAAAAUACGCGAACUCUGUUCGCAAAGUCGGAGAUCCUCUUACGGGAGGUCUUCGCACGCGUGUCCUUAGGAACGACUCCGGAUCAGUGGCUAAUCUACUGUUCCAUGCGUUUAGGAGUAGGUUCUGCACGCCCAGAAAAUACGCGAACUCUGUUCGCAAAGUCGGAGAUCCUCUUACGGGAGGUCUUCGCACGCGUGUCCUUAGGAACGACUCCGGAUCAGUGGCUAAUCUACUGUUCCAUGCGUUUAGGAGUAGGUUCUGCACGCCCAGAAAAUACGCGAACUCUGUUCGCAAAGUAGGAGAUCCUCUUACGGGAGGUCUUCGCACGCGUGUCCUUAGGAACGACUCCGGAUCAGUGGCUAAUCUACUGUUCCAUGCAUUUAGGAGUAGGUUCUGCACGCCCAGAAAAUACGCGAACUCUGUUCGCAAAGUCGGAGAUCCUCUUACGGGAGGUCUUCGCACGCGUGUCCUUAGGAACGACUCCGGAUCAGUGGCUAAUCUACUGUUCCAUGCGUUCAGGAGUAGGUUCUGCACGCACAAUUUGCAAUGA